UACCAACCAUACAGACUCGGGCGAUAGUUUUCUUUGUAGAUUAUUUGUGCCAAAAUGUUAAUAAUACGAUAAUUACCAUGUUCAUUCAUGCACACUUAUUGUAAAUUAAUGUAGGAAUGAACUGAAAUUGUUCAAUAAAAACUGUUUUCAUAAAAAAGGGCUUUUCUCCCGCCAUCAACGGGGACUGGGAAAGUGCCAUCUGGACAAGUUGAGGGCGGCAGAGCCUGGAAGAGCGGGAAAUAAAACACAAUUAAACUAGCUAACCUGCGACUGCUCUAAAGUUUACCUACCUUUGGCACAUGGAAACAAACUAACAAUAAUCUGUAGAUAAAUGUUUCUCUGGUUAAAUACAACUAUGACAAUAGAAAUGGUCCUUCUGUAGCUCAGUUGGUAGAGCAUGGCGCUUGUAACGCCAGGGUAGUGGGUUCGAUUCCCAGGACCAUCCAUACGUAGAAUGUAUGCACACAUGACUGUAAGUCGCUUUGGAUAAAAGCGUCUGCUAAAAUGGCAUAUAUUAUUAUUAUAGAAAUGUAGCCCACCUAUGAAUAUGAGUGGUUUUAGGACGAGCUCAAUCUGGUAAACGCCGGAUAUUUUCCCUUCGUUCAUACUGCAGACAGACUUGAUGCCUCAGGCUCGGCUGUCCCUGGCUGUGUGCACCUCCCUGCGAGGUGUUUCAGCUCGAGCUGCCAUUGUCUUCUGAAUCAUCUAGUUAAGCGCAGGUGUCUACGAUGGAGGACGAAAUAACCCUAAUCUCAAUCUGCACGCAGACCAGCACUCCCUCUCCUCCUCCUGCUCCAGUGUCUCAUGACCCCAGCAACGACACCUCUCCCUCUCACCAUGCCCCCCGCUUUGGCACCAUCAUCCCUAACCGCAUCUUUGUGGGAGGCAUUGAUUUCAAGACCAAUGAGAGCGACCUGAGACGCUUCUUCUCCCAGCAUGGAGCAGUGAAGGAGGUGAAGAUAGUGAUUGACCGUGCUGGGGUGUCAAAAGGAUAUGGCUUUGUCACCUUUGAGACUCAGGAGGAUACAGAGAGAAUCCUUCAUGAUGCUGACAGACUGUGCUUCCGGGACAAGAGGCUCAACAUCGGCCAGGCCGUCCGCAAGCAGCAAGUGGGAGGUCACCCAAACAGCUUCUCUGUGUCCAGCCAUACUCCUGCCAUGAUACCCACCCCCUGUGGAACCAUGUACCUCACCACCCCUACAGGCUACCCCUACACCUACCACAACGGAGUGGCUUACUUCCACACCCCAGAGAUGAGCCCCUCCGCCCCCUACCACUGGCCCUCCCGCUCAGUGCCUGGUUCUCCAGUCAUGCUGACCCACCAGCCUCCACCCAUCUACCAGCAGCCAGCCUACCAUCACUACCAGGCCCCUACACAGUGUCACCCUAGUCACCUGCAAUGGAACGUUCCUCAGUCUCCAGUGCCCUCCAGCCCAGUGUUGUACAUGCAGCCCUCUGAGCUCCUGUACCAGCCCAUGGAGCAGCCCAGCGACGGGGGAUGUGUCCAGCCUGCCAUGCCCCUCAUAGAGGCCCCCAUCCCUGAGCAGCAGUUCAUCGACCACAUGGUGCAACCAGCCUACAAUCACACGUUAUCAUACUACCCACAAAGUCCAGGGGGGAUGACACCGGUGAUGAUACAGCAAGAACCAGGAAAGGAACAGAAGUUCCACGCCAUGAGGCGAGGUUACCCCUCCUCGCCGGUCAGCCUGAAGCCCAGGUACGGCCGCAACCCGCACUACGCCCACCUGCGCAAGGAGUACCGCCCAGAAAUCACCACUGACCCCUCCCCUCCGCCCGCCACCGAACCACUCAAGUAGAGUAUAUCCACGUUUCCUUUCAGCCAAUGAAACGCCCAUCUCCUCAGGCAGAAAGACCCACUUCUCUAUCUCUCCACCCGCUUCUCAAUCUCUCCAUGACCCUGUCUCCUCCAACCUUUCACACGCAUCAUAUUAUUCAGUCCAGACAACUAUGUGCUCGCUGAAUGUUCAUCUGUUUAGUAUAAUUUAAUAGAAUAUUGAGAAUAUGAAUCAUUUUAGCUACUAAAAGGUACUGUAAGCACUAUGAUGUAAGUGCUCGUUCUAUCACUUCUGGACUGAAAAGGUGCAUAGCUUCCUCUGGUGUUUUUCCCACGACUCAGGGAGGGAUAACUAGCUCCUGGUACUGCAUUGUACUGUUGAACUGUUUCAUAACUAACCCAAUGCACGAUUGAGCUUAAAGUUAAGCUAAACGAUCUUUUGUAACAAGAAUGUUCCUCCUUUGGCAUUUGUGUCAAACUUUUGCCAUGUAAUCGUUCAGAGUAUAGAAGCAAAAGGGAGCUAUUUCCUGAUACUGCUUUAUAAUGGCCUAUUGGCCAAUCACACGUUUUCUUUUUCAAAUGAGCUCUUUACGCAAAGCAAAAAAGAAGUCUAACGAAGAUUACUGCCGAUAUUAGUUCUAAAUAAAAGCUCUCUUAUCUGCCAUGGGGCAUGUUUAUCUCAUUGGUAUUAGAAUAGUCAAGAUUACUGUCUUUAUAAUGUGACUGCAAUACAUGUUGGAAAAGGUAUUUUAAAAUAAUUAGGCUGCUGUCACAGAGGAGUGCAAAUAGAUCCCUAGAGUUAAUCGUUACAUAAUUCUCCAACUGGAUGAAAAAAUACAUAACCAGGAGGUUAUUUUAUACAUUUAGCAUUUUUAUGUAUCUCAUGUUUUCAAGAGCUGUUUCAUAUAGAUUUAGCUGUGAUUGUGAGUCUCUAAAAACAAUGUGCCCUCCAGAUGAGGGGUAACAUCAAAUUAACUCUGUCCACUGGACUGGGACCACAAAUAAAGUACAAUGAACAUCAGUCAAACAGAUUCACAUGGUCUUUCGUCGGCUUUGUGUGACGGCUGGAACAUUUCAAGAUUGGAAGGUCAACAAGGCAAGCUCUUUUUGCCGCUCUUUCCUGCCUGUAAAUUAUUCGCCUCAUCUUCAUCAACUUCAAUCACCCUGGGUUCAGUCAUGAGUCACCCUGGGUUCAGUCAUGAGUCACCCUGGGUUCAGUCAUGAGUCACCCUGGGUUCAGUCAUGAGUCACCCUGGGUUCAGUCAUGAGUCACCCUGGGUUCAGUCAUGAGUCACCCUGGGUUCAGUCAUGAGUCACCCUGGGUUCAGUCAUGAGUCACCCAUGGUCUACACGGUUUGGUUACUUUUUCUCCUGCAUCCUGUCUUGGUCUGCUCCCUCAUUGGUUAUGCAUGUAUUCUGUUGAAAUUGUAUUCUAUAACUGAUAAGCUAUGGGUGUCAGAGUUGAGGUUUAACUAAAGAAUUUAUGACAUCACAUAUUUCAUUGAGGCCUAUUUUUUUUGAAUAAUUAUUUGAAUAGCUGGAUUGCAUGUACUAUGAGGUGUCUGGUUUUGUUUUGUGUGAACUGCGAUUCACUUUCAUUUCAUGAUCUUCCCUGUAAAAAUAUAUAUAUAAUCAGGGUAGAAACAUCUCGAAUUUUCCACAACUGUUCAUAAUUGAAAAGUUAUGACGUUUUGCUCUGAAACAUACUUGUUUUCUUGUUGAGAAUUGAUCAUAGUGAAAGUCAAUGCCAGAAGAAAAGAAAUGACAGAAUCAUUUCUUAAAUAAGUGCUCCCAUGUUCUGUUAAUUUAUCAUUAAAAUAACCGUUUAGGUCAAUUUGAUUUGGUCAGUUACUAAUAAAACAGAAUUAAAGUUUGAUUUGAAAUGACAAUUUUAGGAAGGGUAUUUUGUUGUAUUCCAAGCAUGCCUGUAAUUCCUCAAUGUUCCAUUUGAAUAAACAGGUUUUACUCUUUACAUAUUGUCAUAGCACCACAUUGUCAAGUCAAUGUGUCUUGCUUUUUAAAACAUACAUAAAUGUUGAACUAUUUAUUACAAUGUUAGACGUUUGAAGUUCAGUUUGGGGAUAUCCCACCUCUACCUCCUGUAAUCCCAUUACUCAAUCUGAGGAGCAGAUCAACUAUGCUUUGCUCCAAAGUACAGCCUUUUAAAAAAUGUCAUAUUGUUUUGGAGUUAAGAUAUGCUCUGUUCGUCUACCCUUUUUAUAAAUGAGGCGAAGUUGUCUUGACCUUACAGUUAAGAUGUUUUAACAUCAGUGCAUGUAUGUUUUGUAUAUAGUUCUGAACACUAACUAACAUUUGGAUGUUUACUUUGAUGUUCUUCUGCACAUUACAUUGUGCCUUGUUCUUUCUGAAUAUUGGGGGGGGUGUUUAAGACUUGUUGUGUUCAGAAGUGGGUCGUCUUGUUGGUACGAAUAAAGUUUGAACCCUUGAGGAG